CAGUUGCUGGUGCUGGCCGACCUUCACCACCUGCUUCUAUCGGCAGUCUGCUGCUCUGUCGGGUUCAUUUCAUACGUAUCCUUCUUCACGGAGUCCAUCCAUCUUCUCUGGGGCGUAGCCCCUCUUCUUCCAGGUGAUUGCGGCACGCCGCUCGGAAUGGAGUCUGGCGCCAUCCCCGACGCCGCUAUCACCGCCAGCUCAGCCUACGUCAGCAACGUGGGGCCCCACUACGGCCGGCGAUAUCGGCAGCUCUCUUUCAACCCACCCCAAUGCGCGGCGAGAGGGACGGGUGGGCGACGCGGCCGCGAUCGCUUCGCCAGGCGGCGCGUGUCUCGAGUCAUCUGCUUCAUGGCAGCGUCACCCACCCACCUCGCUCGUCGCUUCAUCCAUGCAUUGGAGAGGCACAUUGAGAGAUAA